CUUUCAGCUUCCAUACUUGAGGCAUCAUAAGUGGCCUCCCUCUCUCUCUCUAGAAGUAUUGGCUUCCAUCUCUCUCCAUUGAUUAAUGGCGUAAAGCAAUAACAUCUCCGUUGCGUCAUAUUCACCUUCCAAGCAAUUGAGGUGAAGGUGUGAUGCAUAUUCUUCCUUUUAACACACUCACUAUUUGACUAACUCUUUUGAGAAAGAGAGGUGGGUGUGUUCAGGGAGAAGAAGAAGUAGAGAAUUAGCAAUCCUGGGGAAGCCUGGAGACCUUUUCUUAGAAGGAAGAUUAUUCAAUUGUUUCAAUGAGAUUACCGCCGCCAUCGCCUCCGUUAGAAUGAGUGACUCAGUUUACCACGUUCAAACCACCUCUCGACUCGCCCAAUGGCGUAUCGACAACUUCCCUUCCUGCACAUACCGCAAGUCCGAUCCUUUCAUGGUGGGCAACUGGAAUUGGCAUUUAUCUGUAGAGAAAAGUCGGACAAUGUUUAUUAAAUUAUAUCCAGAGACAUCGAAUUUAACGAGAGGCAACCCUCCUAUUGCAUCUUUCAUCAUCAAGAUUAUCUCUUCUGCCGGAGAUCGGAAGACUUUGGUUCACCCAGAAGUUACUGAUAGAAAGCUCAAGAACAACGACGAUUUCGUUUGGGCAAUUGAGGUUCCGUUGACAGCAAAACUCAUCAUCGACGUAGAGUUUCUUGAUUUGAAGAUUUCUUCACAAAACGGUGGCGAGCCUUGUUCGAUUUGGGCGGAUGGUUACAGGCAAAAGCAAUCAAACACAUCAGCUCUCGAAUCCCUCGGUCGAAUGUUAUCAGACAGCAUUCACACAGACAUAAAAAUCAGCACUUCCGAAGGAACCAUCCGAGCCCAUCGCUCAAUUCUCGCAGCAAGAUCCCCUGUUUUCCACAGCAUGUUUCUUUACGACCUUAAAGAGAAGGAACAAUCCACCAUAGACAUCUCAGACAUGUCGUUCGAAGCCUGCCAGGCUUUCCUAAACUACAUCUACGGAAUAAUCCAGUCUGAAGAGUUCUUGACCCACAGGCUUUCCCUUCUUGCCGCUGCAGAUAAGUACGACAUCAAAGACUUGAAAGUGGCUUGCCACGAUAGCCUCAUUGAAGACAUUGACGCUGUGAACGUUCUGGAGAGGCUACAGUGUGCUUAUUUAUAUGGACUUCCUAAACUGAAAGCUAGUUGCUUGCAGUAUCUGGUGAAAUUUGGUAAGAUAUAUGAUAUUCGAGAUGAGUUCAAUGUUUUCCUUAUGUCGGGGAAUCGAGAACUCGUCUCGGAAGUCUUCAAUGCAGUGCUAAUGGCAUGGAAAGGUUUCUGAGACAUAAAUGUCAGACUCAUAUUUACAGAAGAUUGCCAAGAAGAUUGAUUGCAUUGUGCAUAAGCAGGUUUGAAGGGUAGCUAUACAACAAGCUUGUUUACCAUCAAACAGGUUGAUUAUUUGUGUAUACUGAUGUAAUAUUAUACUGUUACAUACUUAUAAAACUGGUGAAUUCUGUGUUUUCUAAAGGGUUGUUUAAUGUAGUUGAUUUGAAUUUAAUCCAAAACUUUUUAACAC